AUGUCCGCCACCAACGAUUACGAGUAUCAAGAAGGAUUUGGUAACCACUUUUCAUCGGAGGCAUUGAAAGACGCACUUCCAAAAGGUCAAAAUACCCCACAAAAGUGUCCUUACAACUUGUAUGCCGAACAGCUGUCAGGAACAGCAUUCACAGUGCCUCGUACACACAACCAAAGAAGCUGGCUCUACCGUAUUCGCCCAUCUGUCGUCCAUACACCAUUCGCUCGUAACAAAACCGUCAAUGAUUUAUUGGUGUCCAAAUUUGGCGGGGAAGACAUCCUGAUCACACCUACUCAGAUCCGUUGGAGUCCAUUUGAUUUGCCUGCUGCUGGAGACAAGGUCAACUUUGUGCAAGGCCUCAAAUCACUGGCUGGUGCGGGUGAUCCAGCAUGUCGCAGUGGCCUCGGUAUCCACAUCUACGCUGCAAACACAGAUAUGGGUAAAACUGCAUUCUACAACUCGGAUGGCGAUUUCCUAAUCGUGCCUCAACAAGGUGUCUUGGAUAUCUUUACAGAAUUUGGUAAAAUGAAGGUGGCUCCCAACGAGAUUGCUGUUAUUCAGAGAGGCGUUCGCUAUAGUGUAAGUCUUCCCGAUGGUGAUUCUCGAGGUUAUGUCUUGGAGGUAUUCGGUGCCCAUUUUGAGCUGCCCGAUUUGGGGCCCAUCGGUGCCAAUGGCCUUGCCAAUCCCAGAGAUUUCUUGACACCCAAGGCUGCUUUCGAGGAGGAAAACAACGUAGAUUGGGAGAUUGUGACCAAAUUCAAUGGCCAAAUGUUUAGUGCAAAGCAAAAGCACACGCCGUUUGAUGUGGUUGCAUGGCACGGCAAUUAUGCUCCUUACAAGUAUAAUUUGGCCAAUUUCUGUGUUAUCAACAGCGUUUCGUUUGACCAUAUUGAUCCUUCCAUCUUUACAGUGUUGACAGCGAAAUCUGAUACACCUGGUGUUGCAGUGGCUGAUUUCGUUAUCUUCCCUCCUCGUUGGGCUGUUACUGAAAAGACAUUCCGUCCACCUUAUUUCCAUCGCAACUGCAUGUCUGAAUUCAUGGGCUUGAUCACUGGCGACUAUGAUGGCAAAUCUGAUGGCUUCUCUCCAGGCGGUGGCUCUCUUCACAAUGCAAUGACACCUCAUGGACCUGAUGCCGCCGUCUUUGAAGGAGCAUCCAAAGCAGAGUUGAAGCCAGUGUAUGUGGGUGAAAACAACCAAGCCUUCAUGUUUGAAACAAGUUUUAUGCUUUCCCUCACGCCUUGGGGCCUCGAGACCUGCGGUAAAGUGCAAGAAAACUACUACAAGGCUUGGGAGAAGCUUGAGAAUAAAUUCAACGGCCAAAUUUAA